AUUCUCUUUCCAAUGGGUAAGCAAGUGAUCACACACACUAAUAUAUUGAAGAUCGGCAGUGAAUUGGUGAAUGCACGCAUCGAACUUUCCUUGCCGUUGUUCGUUCUUUCUUCAGUGCGUGCCUAACGUGAAUAACCUAUUAAUCAAAAUGAUUUCAAAUGAAGAUGGUGAUUUGAUCGAUCUUGGAAACGAUAAUUGUGUAUCACGAGUAUCGAUUCAAGAAUCAUUAUCCGAUGAGCAAGAACAUCUUCUCGAUGUGUGUCCGCCAAAAUUAGAACAGGCAUUAUCAUUAACUAGAAAACAAGAACAAAUACAAUGUAUAAAUGACAAUGGUGAUAUAUUAGUCACUUUAGGUCAUGAUCAAGUAGUACCUAUUCGUAAAAGAAUUGAUGUCGUUUCAUCUGAUACCAUAAAAAGAGUUCGCGAUAUUACCAGGAACUUAGAACCAGUUAUAAGAAAGACUUGUUCUGAUAUUAAUGAAGAGCAUCAAGAUACUGUCGAUUAUGGGAGUGUAUCAAAUCAUAAAGAUGAAUAUUAUCCCAUUGAAAAGCUUGAAGAAGAAACAUUUGAAGCACAAGAAAUUAAUAAUGCUUUCAAUUUUCUCACAGAACAUGAUGACAAUGAAGAUCAUGCUGAGGCAAAAUGUAACCAUUACGAUCAACUUAUAAAUUCACAUAGAUUUAUGUUAUUAACAUGUUCUACUAUAAAAAAUAAACAUUUGUUGAAUUACCAUAAUAAUGAUUGUUCAAAAGUUUUAGAAUAUUGGAAAACCGAUACAAAUAACUUAGCUUUUGAAUCUUCAGAUAAACUUUCUGAAAAUAUUUCGAAAAAUAUAUCUCAUCCUUUUAGUUAUGAAUUCGAAACUAAUAAUAUGAAUAUUAUUAAAAAAUGUUCCGAAGAAGAAAUGUUUGUUCAAGCCAAAAAAAGAUCAUUUCAACAUGCACAUCGUAAAUCUUGGACAGAAGGAACCACAUUCAAAAUUGUAACACAGGAUGCAUUCUCACGAUUCGAUAGAUCAAGUAGUUUAAGAGAAUAUAAUUGCUCACAACCAAUUUUCAAUGGUAUUCAUCGGCAGUCUAGUUUUAUUUUAAGUUGUUCAAUAAAACAAGAAAUAGAAACCAAUAAAGAAGAUCAAGGGGAUAGAUAUUCAGAUUGUUCGGAAGUAGAUUGGUCAUGGCUGGAAGAAAUAGAAUAUCCGCGAGUUACGGAGUCGUUAGCAGUUAGUGUGGUUGACGCGGUUCAGGAAAACACAAAAGGAAGGAGUGCAUCCCCCACCAAUGAAACUGCAAAGCGCAGGCGCAAUCACGAGUAUCGUGCCAUCGAAGCGGGUUGUAGUGCCGCGAUGUCUGUUUCUGGAACAGUGAAAUCCCUAGUAGUUGAUAGUUCGCGAUGGUCAACAUCCGAUCCGUUGUCUGAUUGUAACAGACAUGAUCAGAAUGAAAUUAUACAUUGCAACGCAAAUAACGAAAUUAUCGAUCAGGAAAUACGUGAAAACUCUACAGUUGUUAAUUCUUGGGUACGAGCUUCAAUGAGACGUUUGCGCCAUUUAAGAUUACCGGAAGAAACCGAACGACAACGAAGCAUCGAUUCGAAUAAUUGCCGCGGAACUAUUGCGUCCGCGCCAAAUUCUUUACCAGAUAUCGCCCUAAUUGCACCAGAAAUAUUAGCUGCCCAAACAAAUGGUACAUCCGGCACUCUUGUGAGACCAUCAAGUGCUCCUGUUAGAAAUACAAAUAAUUUAAAUGUUGUAUUCCAAAGAAGUGAAAGACAAUUUCGAGGAAGUCGAUCGCAAAGAAUAAGAAAUCGUGAAAUUACUUCGAGGCAAAAUAGUGUUUUGUCGUCAACUACGGGUAGUGACACAACCGUUUCAGGAACUACGACAUAUUCUAGUUCUUUUGGCGGUAUUUCUACAAGUCCACCUUCCAGCACGACAAGUCCACAACGCAUCGCUUCCAGACGAAUAUGUGAAAGGCAAAGAGAUGUUGAUAGAAAUGAAGAUAGAGCAGAGGAUGAGGACGAGGAUGCUAAUCCAUUGGGAAAAUGGCCACAUGCUCUUAGUCCAGCUUUAGCAUAUCUCAGUUGCACCCUUGGUCUUUUUAAUAUAAGUAGAUUUUCUAUUCUGAGUAUACAAUUUGGAGCAAAUUUUAUUGUACAAUUUUUAAUUUUAUCUUUGAUAUUGGGUAUUCCACUUUUGACGUUACAUGUAUGUCUCGGUCAAAGAUUGGCGGCUGGAUCUGUAAAUAUGUGGAAAAUUUCACCUGUUUUUCAAGGUGUUGGAAUAGCUCUUCUAAUUGCACAAGCUUUUAUUGGUAUUUAUAGUGUUGUUGGCAUAUCUUGGAUGUUCGUAUAUUUUAGAGAUUCGUUCAUAACGAAACAGGAUAAGUAUCGAUGGGCAGAACCAUUUUCUUUAUACAGGGAAGAUAAAUCUAUACAAAAUAAUAGUAAUUUGCAUAAAUUAUAUGAAACAGUACCAGAUUAUUUUAGCGGAGUUGUCUUGCAAAGACAUCAUUUAAAUGAAUCAGAUCCUGGUGUUAUAACAUUGAAGUUUCAAUUAGCUUUUAAUUUAGCCGUUGUAUGGAUGAUUGUAUUUGUAUCAUUAAGCAAAGGAUUAAAAUCUUAUGGAAAAGUAGUGUAUGUUUUUACACUAGUACCCGUAUUUGGUACUUUAGUUCUUUGUACAAAAUUGCUCGGUCUUACGCCACCAGGUUCUAUACAUCAACUAUUUCCAGCCACUGUAUGGACCGAAUUUUUUAUUAAUGGUAAAUCGUGGUUAGCUGCAUCUAUUGAAGUUUUUCUUACAUGGGGAUUAUUUGGUGCAGCUGCUAUGCAGAUAGCUGCUCAUAAUAAGCACAAACAUCUAUUACAACGAGAUACGAGUCUUGUAAUUGUAUUAACAAUUGCAGUUCUACUUCUCGCUGCUUUUCUGGCAAAUACUUGUGUACAAGUUCUCAAACAUCACGGAUAUAUUUAUAUACCUAGUUCAUUUGAAAAAAUAUCAUUAUAUAUGUUUAUGAGACCCGUCAAUCAACCUGCACCAUCAGGAUAUAGUAGUACACCAGAAAGAUUUAUGGCACAUACUUCUUUUAUUGUUGGAGAGCGUGUAACUCGUCCUGGUGCAGAUUUUAGCAUUGAAUCUGGUUAUCAAGCUUUAAGAUUAUCGACUGAAUUGGUUCCCGCAACAUUAGCAUUACUAGGUACUGAGCAAGUAUCGCCAUUUUGGGCAAUACUCUUUUAUUUCAUUCUUAUUCUAUUUGGAAUAGCCCAACAGCUGGCAAUAUGGCAUUGUGUGAUAACUGGUAUUAUGGCAAUCAAUACAAAAAUGAUGAAGUUGUGGGAAACUACUGUUACAUUCUUCAGUUGUGCUUGUGCUUACAUACUAGGUUUACCUAUGGCUACAGAAAAAUAUUUGUACAAUCAUGUGAAACAUUGCGGAUCUGUUUUAGAGGAAUGUUCUUUUAAAUGUGGAGUUUAUGUACCUCGAAAAAAUAUGGAAAAUCACCGAAAAAUAUGCAACAGGAAUAUUACUAAAGGAAAUAAUCAGAUAAAAGAAAUUCAAGAUUCUUUAUGGAAAAAUAAAGUAUUUUCUGUUCUAACAUUGCUACGAUCUGCAAUAAAUAUUGAGGAAAAAGAACGCAGAAUUCUUCACGAUAAUAUGUCUCAAUGCUUAAAAUUACUGAAUUCUCAACAAAAAUCAAUUGAUUUUUUACGAUUUCAACUUACUAAUAUAAUAAAAGAAUGUCACCAGUCUACUGAAAUGUUAAAUCAAAAAUUAAAUGAUUUAGAAAUCACUUGUGAUAACAUGGAACAACGUACUAGUUUAAGUUUUCAACAAAUCUCGGAACAAUUGAAAUUUUUACAUGAUGAAUUAACUAAUGAACAAAAUAAGCAUGAUGAAGUAUUAGGUAAUUGGUCUUUAGAAUUAAAAGAUCUAAAGACUUUUUUAACAAAGGAAAAUGUACAUAUAAAUAAUAUAUGGCAAGAACAACAACAGUCAAUUAACGAUCUUAAAUUAGAAUUGGAAAUGAGAUGUAAGAAUUCAAAGGAAUUAAUGGAUCAGCAAAGAUUCAUAAUGGAGAAAAUAAAAGAUCUAGAAAAAGAAAUACAAGGACAAUUGGAAAUCACUACUAAUCAAAAGAGUGAUAUCAAAGAAUUGAAAUUUCAAAUGAAAGAAAAUCUAAAAUAUUUAGAAGAAUUGAUUAAAGAUAAUUUAAAAUUUAAUAUUUCAGAAUUUCCUAAUUAUCAAUAUAAACACGAAUGUUGUGAUCAAUAUUCAAAUAAUGGUCGUCUUUUAUGGAAAAUUGAUCGCUAUAAAGAGAAAAUGACAGAGGCAAAAGAAAAUCAUUGUGUUCUUUAUAGUCCAAAGUUUUUAAGUAAAGAAUAUGGAUAUACUUUAAGAUUAAAGUUAUUUCUAAAUGGUAUAGGGCAAUGGAAAGAUCGACAUAUUAUUGGAUGUCUACAAGUUGAAACUGGAAAAUGGGAUCCACUCUUAGAUUGGCCUUGUAUUCUUAAAGCAACAGCUAUCUUAAGAAAUCAAGAAAAUCCAGCAAAUGAUGUAAAAAAAUUUGUAAAAGCUGUAGGACAGGAUAAAUCGAAUUCUAAUGAUGUGAAUAAAGAAACUGGAAUUUACAUGUUUAUUCCACAUACAAUUUUAACUCGUUAUCCUGGAUAUAUUAAAGACAAUGCAUUGUUUUUAGAUAUUCAAGUGACAAAUACAAAAUCUAGUCUGGGCAUACACGUUGUAUAUUAUCUAGAUUAUACAAUCGGAGGUACAUGGUGGAUAAUAAUUUUAUAUUUGGUGCAAGUCGGUGCUGUAUUCGCAGUACGAGGACGUCCACAUAGCGGUGAAGCGGUAGUUGCCGAAUUGUUUCCUCCAACUGGUCGAUGUCUCAGACAUUGGGCUGGUCCUCUUCUAUCAUUUACGUGGAAUGUUAUAUUACCUGUUAUUCUUAUGGUACUUAGUAUUACGAUAUUUAAAAAUGCUGGAUUUCGAGAACUUUAUUCUUAUCGACGAACUGUUAAAGAAUAUUGGACUAUUUGGACAAAACAACUCGGAGCUACAAUCCAAUUAAUACCAAUACUAACAAUACCGGCAGUAGCUAUUAUACAAACAUGCCGAUAUCUAAACAACGGUCCACCUGAUAUAUUUGAUAGAAUUCAAUUGUUAUAUCGACCAUCUUUGGAAUCGGAUGAUCCACGAGAUACGCAAACACAUAUUGGAAAUGAUAUAAAUACUAGCAUUCAUGGUAAUGCUAUUGUGCAUGCGACGGCAGAAAUACCAUUUGAGGAUCCGCCACCGAAAUAUACACCUCCUCCAAGUUAUACUACAGCAACUGGCGCAAGGAUAGCAAAGAUGUUGAGGCAAAGUUUUCGAAGAAGUGUACGUCGAAUAGUAAACGUUCUUGGUGAAAGCAGUACUCCGAGACAAAGACCAGCGUUACAGCCUCCACCUCCUGAUUAUGCUACUGUACUUGUAGAAAUGAAUCAAAAUAGACAAACACAAGAUGUAACAAUUCAUAUAACUGAAACAGGAAAUGAGAACACUAAUUUAAACAUUCGAAAUAAUGAUACAGAAAGACAUAGGCCUAAUACAAUAGACAGAACAAUGGCAAUUAGUGCAAUAGAAAACUCGGAUGUGGUCGGAAGGUCACAUUCGAUACUCGAAACACCUCGAUCAUGUUUAAUUUCAUCGAGCAGUUCAAAUUUAACUGCAGUCGAUGUGGCAAAUUUACUUCGUAGUAGUAUUAGAAGAGGAACUACACGAACGCAACAUUCUUUACAUAGAAGUUUUUGUCAUGACGAACCAACUGUAGCAGCAUCCGUUGAAAAUCUAGUCGAGGCUGCGGCGCCAAUCGGUGAAGAAUCCUUAGUCCUUCCGAAGGACGUGUCUCUAGUCUCCAAUGAACAGAUUAACAAUAAUAGCGAUGGUAAAAAGACUGCCGAAGAAAUGGAUUAUACCGUUUCCGUGAUAUAGAUUAUAUUUGUCUUUAAAAUUUUAAUGAAAAAUAAUCUAAAGAUUGUUUAAUUUCUGCUAUAUAAUGUUAUUAUUAUGGUGAUAUAGAAUCAUAUUGCACUGUCGACUACAGACCAGAGAUUUAAUCAUUACAAGAUCAAAAACCAGACAUUCUAAUUUAGCGACCAAAUUUAAUAAUAAUGUUGAAAAAUUGUUAAUAUCAUAAUAAAUUUUUCUAUCAAAUUUUUACAUUUGGUCUGCACUCAUAUUUUAAUAUCAUAUGACUCAUAUAUUUCAAUUGUCAUUACGAUUAGCUGUUAUCUAUAUGUUACCGAUAAUUUCAUAAUCGCUAACCACAUAUUGGUAUCGAGAAUUAAAGUCAAUCAAAUCUA